AACCUACCUCCCAUAUCUCUAUUGCUACUACUUUUAAAUAUAAUUAACAGGGAUAGAGAGUUAGAUUGUUGAUCUUAAGUUAUUAGGAUGGAGGAAGUAAAGAAGAGGGACUGUAUGGAGAAGGCAAGGCCGUUUAUUUCAGUGGUAUUGCUGCAAGUAGGAUUAGCAGGAAUGGACAUUCUCUCAAAAGCUGUACUAAACAAAGGCAUGAGUAAUUAUGUACUCGUCGUUUACCGUCAUGCCGUUGCUACAGUCGUUAUGGCCCCGUUCGCAUUCUAUUUCGACAACAGGAAAGUUAGACCAAAGAUGACGUUGAUGAUAUUCUUCAAGAUAUCACUUCUUGGUUUACUCGAGCCAGUGAUCGAUCAGAAUUUAUACUACCUGGGGAUGAAAUAUACGACGGCUACAUUUGCAACUGCCAUGUACAAUGUUUUACCCGCAAUCACUUUCGUCCUCGCAUAUAUAUUCGGGCUCGAAAGAGUGAAGCUACGGUGCAUUAGGAGCGCAGGUAAAGUGGUUGGGACAUUGGCUACAGUUGGAGGAGCUAUGAUCAUGACUCUUGUAAAAGGCCCAGUUCUCGACCUCUUUUGGACUAAAGGAUCCUCUGCACAGAACACAAAUGGGACUGAUAUUCACAGCGCCAUCAAAGGCGCAGUUUUGGUCACAAUUGGUUGUUUCAGUUAUGCAUGUUUCAUGAUUCUCCAAGCUGUCACGUUGAGGACUUACCCAGCCGAGCUCUCACUCACGGCAUGGAUAUGCCUAAUGGGGACAAUCGAAGGAACUGCCGUGGCGCUAGUGAUGGAGAAGGGAAACCCUGGCGCAUGGGCCAUUGGUUGGGACACUAAACUUCUUACAGCCACCUAUAGUGGGAUAGUGUGUUCAGCGCUUGCUUACUAUAUUGGAGGAGUGGUGAUGAAAACCAGAGGUCCUGUGUUUGUAACAGCUUUUAGUCCUCUUUGCAUGAUCAUAGUAGCAAUUAUGUCGACUGUCAUCUUUGCUGAGCAGAUGUACUUGGGAAGGGUUCUUGGUGCGGUGGUUAUAUGUGCAGGACUAUAUCUUGUAAUAUGGGGCAAAGGAAAGGAUUAUGAAUAUCCUUCCACACUGCAAACAGAUGAUGUAUUAACACAACCAAAGUUAGAACUGAUUAGAAAUGGGAAGGAUAAUGUUGAUCAUGAAGUCAUUAAUGUCAUCAAGCAAGGUGAACAAAGAAAAACAGUUGUAGAAACAGUUUAAUUGUACAAUCUCCGACACAAAUGUUUUU